AUGAGAGCUCUACGUUGCCAUGGCGAUGCAGUCAGCCAUUUUGGGGAGGGUGUUCUUCGUCCUCCAGUUCCAGGAGAGGAGAACGUUAAGAGUGAUGCAGUUCGGCCUGAGAGCUACGAACCGGAGGGCAGGGCCUCAUGUGACCAAGCCCACCCGAGUUGGGUGGAGUCUCUGAAUGCGCUGCUGGACGACCAGGACGGAAUCGUGCUGUUUCGGGAUUUCCUUGCGCAGUGUGGAUGCACUGAUUUCAUUGACUUCUGGCUAGCCUGCAGUGGAUUUCAGUUAGCAUUCCACACUCCUCUGAGCUGUUCCUCUACAUCAACGGACAUGUUGGACAAACGAAGGCUGAAACUCGCUAAAGCCAUCUACAGGAAGUACAUCAUCAGUGGCGGAAUUGUGACGAUGAAAAUCAAACCAGUGACGAGGAGUUCCAUCGGCGAGCGAGUCCGUCACUCACAGCUGGACUCAACGCUAUUCGAACAGGCGAAGCAGGAAGUGCAGGAAGCAAUGGAGGUGGAAGCGUAUCCCAUCUUCCUCAAAUCCGACGUCUUCCUCACAUAUGUACGAGAAAUCCACUCUGAACAGGAAAAUCACAAAUGUGAACUAAACAGUCAGAAACAGGAAACAGGAAAUGACAAGAAGGAACUAAUUAACUCUGAGCAGGAACCAAACAGCAAACCAAAAGUAAAUGACCUUACACCAAAAACAGGAAAUGACAAACAGGAAGUAAACAGCCUUGUACAGGAACCAGGAAGUGGCAAAAAUGAACUUAAACAGAAAAUGGAAAAUGGCAAACAGGAAGUGCCGAGGUUCCUUUCCAAGCUAGUCGAAGAGAGAGAAUGGGUGGAAUCUGAGAAAGCCUCAGCCAAUCACAAGAAACCUAAGCGCUGGGAGGCGGGAUGUAAACUGAAGCACAGAAUCAUUCAGGGAUGUGUGACAGCUGAUACCCACAGAACAUCCCUCCUUCGCAAAUAUGACAUCCACACAGAACCUCAUAGGUUUGCUGCUGAUCUGAUCAGCCGUCUGGAGCUCGUUCAGAGGGAGAGAGAGAAUUGGAGACGAGUGGAGGAACAUCUACACCCAAUCUGCACGGAAGACGAUGAUGCUGAGCUUUCCUUGGUGUCCUCCUUUAGUCCCACCCACCUCAUCCCUACCCGUCAUGGCUCCUCCCACUGCAUGGUCCAGUGGUGUGAUACUCACGCUGAGAAUCCUGAGAUCAUCCUGGAGGAACGUGGUCAGAGUGUGAUAAGGACACCCAGCUGGAGUUCUGCACACACACACUCACACACCUGCCCCAAGAACACUGACGCCUGGCAUCCUGGAGACAUGGCGGGAACCAAUCAGAGUGAAGCUCUGGGUUACAGCUCCAGGAGGAAGUGUGUGUGUGAGAGCAUGACAGUGGCGUAUUAUUUCUGCGGAGAGCCGAUUCCAUACCGAACGACGGUUAAAGGUGGAGAUGUCACACUCGGGCUCUUCAGAGAGCUGCUCACUAAGAAGGGAGUCUACAGGUUUUUCUUUAAGAAAGCGAGCAACGAGUUCGACUGCGGUGUUGUUUAUGAAGAAGUGUGUGAGGAUGACACCGUCCUGCCCGUGUUUGAGGGCAGAAUCAUUGGGAAAGUGGAGAAAAUCUACUGACCCACUUAGUUUGUGAACAUCCAUUUAUUUGUGUGUGUGUGUGUGUGUGUGUGUGUGUGUGUGUGUGUGUGUGUGUGUGUGUGUGUGUGUGAACACAUUUUGUUUUG